CUAAUGGUUACAAAUUUAAAUUUUUAUAGUACUUUCAGGAUAGAAGUUGUAUCUUGUGCAGUGCGGUACGGUUGUGCUAAAAUUUAAAAUUAUAGCUCGGGUGCAUCCAGUUUUAAAUUUAUUAUUGUGACAUGGGAAGUAUUAAAGAUUUUAGAAUUAUAAUAGAUAAUAAUGGACCGGAAUUAAUUGAUCGAAUUAUUGUUUCUCAAGAAGAUAAUUCAAUCCUUGAUAUUAAAAGUGAAAAAGAAGUUGAUGGUGAAGAUAUUCUCAAAAGUAAGACUUUUAAUGACAAAGAAGAUUAUGAUGAGGAUCUCAUAAAUAAUGAUAUUAUAAAUAAUAAUGUUGAAGAAAAUGAUGAUAAUAGUGCAAAAGAAGUUUAUGUUGGAGAAACUCUCAAAAGUUUUGUCGUUACUUAUAGUGAAGUAGAUAAUUCAAUUAUUGGAUGGUCAAUUAAUAUUGAAAAGGAUGGACGACAAAAACCUGUUACAUAUUUUAAUUUUAAUGACCCUAAUUAUAAUAUUCAUAAUAUUUAUCCAAAUUCACUUGUAUUAUAUAAAGAAUAUUUGAUUUUGUUGUAUCGUGACAAGAAUGAUGAUUAUAUAGCUCGUAUUAAUUUAAGUGAUGAUAAAGAUCUUGUUAAAAUAAAAUGUGAAAGAAAAUUUUCUACUAUUGAGCGAAAUUCGGUAGGACUUCUUCCUAAUGGUGAUAUAAUUUUAGUGUCGUUAAAUGAUGAAUCGAAAGAUUACAAAAUUUACAAGUACAAUAAUCAGUUAACAAAUCAAAUGUACGAUAUAAUAAUUCCUGAAAGUACAGAAGAACGUAUCAAUGUUAAUUGUUUUGUAUAUCAAACAAAGCUAUUUCUUUUUGAUGAACAUCGGAUGACCCAAUGGGAUUUAAAUGGAAAUGAUAUAACUUUUGAUAAGCAAUACAUUCUUGAUGAUAAUAUAUAUGAUCCGUCUAAAUUUGAUAUGGUUAUUGUAAUAAACAAGAAUCAAACAUUGUUGGCAUUGAAUAUAUCUCCAGAUAUAAUCGAUAUAUUUUCGAUAGAAACUGGAAUGCAAAUUUCAAGAUAUGAGGGAAAAAAUCAACUUCCAAUAGAAUUCAUAAUUUUAAAUGAUGGUUCUGAAGGAUUGAUUAUUAGUACGUACUCUGAUAAAGAAAAAUUAUUAUACAAAUUUCUAGAUCCUUUUAUUCCUUCCGAUGCAAUUGAUAUUACCAAUGUUAUUAAUGAUAGUAAAAAUAUUAUUAUAACUAAAUCAAAAAGAAAAUUUUCUAUUAUUGAAGAUAAUGUUUGUAUUACAGAUAUUACAGAUGAAUUACAAGAUAUUUUAAAUAAUAAAAUUAAAUCACCAUUACCAUCACCAGAUUUUAUACCUAUGUUUGAAGAAGUUGAGAAGUAUAGGGAUGAUGUGAAUAAAUAUGGAAAACAUGGGGAAAACUUUUUAAGUAUUAUGAAUGAUCCAGUGCAAUUUUCAAAAUUUUAUUUAAAAAUGUUAGAAACAGCAUCAGCGGGUAAAACGGAAACCCCAAGAAAAAAAUAUUUCUUUGUCGCUAAAUCAAUUCUCGAUAAAAUUAUUCAACAUGAUUCAACAAAUUACAGUAUCUCGGCAUUAUUACCUUCGAUUGAUUUAAAUUUAUUUGAUUUAAGUGAUUAUAAUGAUUCUAAAUUAGCGAGGAAAUAUAUUUCAAUUACAUCUCUUAUAUUAGAUCCCACCAAUUCAUCCGUUAAAAAUUCGACUUCACCUUAUAAGGCAUUUUCGAAAGAUAUUUCUAUUAGAAAAAGUUCAACUAAUAGUUUUCUUAAUAGUUCAAUAACAUUAUUUUCGUCAUUAUAUAAAGACAUGAAGGAUUUAAGAAUACCGGAAGAAACUGCAUCUAUUAGAUUUAUUGUUCCUUUUUCUCCAAUUUGUGAAUAUAAAGAUGGUGAAGAAGGUCGAGAAGAUAACUUUUGGAAUGAUUUUUUACACGGACCAGAAGAUUCUCUCCUAUUUUGUAAUAUAGAUACUGGAAAUUUUUAUAAAUGGUGGAAUUUUGUUGCAAUUGUAGAUUUUAAAUGGAAAAUUGUUAAAAAAAUUUAUUAUUUGAUUUGGUUAUUUUAUACUCUUUUUUUCCUUUUUUUUAUAUUGGCUACCACAAAGAGUAAUUUAGAACGUACUAAUGAUUUUAAUUAUACUGGUGUUAUUGUUCCUAGUGAUAUUUAUUAUAUAAUUACAUGUUUAUUUGGUAUUAUACAUUUAUUUUUUGAAGUUAGACAUUGUUUAUGGGAACCAAAAGUUUAUUUUAAUGAUCCAUGGAAUUAUUUUGAUUUAGGAGCAUAUUCUUUACCUAUUUUAACAUCUAUAUAUUAUUUUAUUCUCGAAUAUGGCGAUAUGAAAUCUACAUAUAUGAUUGACAAUGAAAAAUCAACAUCAAACUACGAUAUUAUUAAAGGAAUUAUAGCAAUUUCUAAUUUAUUAUUAUAUUUUAAAUUAUUAUUAUUUCUUCGAGUAUUUAAAUCAUUCGGAAUUUACUUUGCCAUAAUUAUUGGCGUCCCUAAAAAAGUUUUCCCAUUCUUAGUAGUCUUACUUUUUGUUUUUCUUGGAUUUGCUCAUGCAUUUUUCACUCUCUUACGAGUAACAGAUCCAUCAUCUGAUUCAUCGUCUACUUCUAAUCCAUCGCCUACUUCUAAUCCAUCGCCUACUUUUAAUUCAACACCUACUUCUAAUUCAUCAUCCACAGAUGAUAACAAAGAUAAAUUUAAUGAGUUUGGUAGUUCACUUCUAACAAUAUUUUAUAUUCUUAUAGGUUCUACUGAUUCGGUAACAUCACAGAAGCCUAUUUUAGUAGCAAUUCUAUCAGUGUUAGUUACAUUUAUUUUAAUCGUUUAUCUUAAUAAUUUAUUUAUUGGAUUGCUUAAUUUUGCGAUGGAAGAUUACAACAAACCCGAACAAUUUUUACUUCAAAAAGCAAAGAUUAUUAUGGAAAUUGAAUUAUUUUAUAUGACAUAUAAUCAAAGAAGAAAAUUGCCGAAUCCAAAUUGGAUUUAUUGUGAUAUUCCUGAAGAAGAUGUUCGUAAAUUGAUUUAUGCAAUUGAUAAUAAAAAAACUCAAUUCAAUUAUGAUCCUUUACAUAUAAGUAAAAAUCUAAGAAAAUUGUUGGAUAUUCCAGAACCAAGAAACAAAUUGGAAGAAAUUGAACGACAAAUAAUGGAUUUAAAAAAAAAGUACGAACAAGAUGAAUAAAAAUUAUCAAUGCUUAAUGAUGUAUCAAUAAAAUUAGCAUAUAUUGUGUAUUUUUGUUUUUUUAUUUUUUUUUUCUAAUAAUUAAUAUAUGCUGUAAAAUGGUAGAAAAAAAU